AUGUUCUUGUGGAUGGUCAUCCAUAUCAACCAGAUGUUGGACACUAAACAGCCAAGGCAGUUCUUUAUCGAGAAGCGACCUUUGAGAAGAGACCUUGGAGAAGCCCAAGCCUGCAAGGCUGAGGCCCACUUCUUCCUGGUGCACUAUGCUGGCACUGUUGACUACAAUGUUGCUGGGUGGCUGGAGAAGAACAAGGAUCCACUGAACGAUUCUGUUGUGCAGCUGUACCAGAAAUCCGGAGUAAAACUCCUGCCUACCUUGUACCCACCUGUUGUUGAGGAGACUGGUGGUGGUAAGAAGAAGAAGAAGGGUGGCUCCAUGCAGACUGUGUCAUCACAGUUCAGGGAGAACUUGGGCAAACUGAUGACCAACUUAAGGAGCACCCAUCCUCACUUUGUGCGUUGUCUGAUUCCAAAUGAAAUUAAGAAACCAGGUCUUAUGCAGAACUUCCUGGUCAUCCACCAGCUCAGGUGCAAUGGUGUACUUGAGGGUAUCAGAAUCUGCAGAAAGGGUUUCCCAAGCAGAAUCCUAUAUGGUGACUUCAAGCAGAGAUACAAAGUGCUGAAUGCCAGUGUGAUCCCUGAUGGUCAAUUCAUUGAUAACAAGAAGGCUGCUGAGAAGCUCUUGGGAUCAAUUGAUGUUGAUCACACCCAGUACAUGUUUGGACACACAAAGGUGUUCUUCAAAGCUGGUUUGCUGGGUACCCUUGAGGAGAUGCGAGAUGAGAAACUGGCUACCCUGGUCACAAUGACUCAGGCUCUCUGCCGCGCAUACCUGAUGAGGAGGGAGUUUGUCAAGAUGAUGGAAAGGAGAGGAACUGAAACUGAAAAAGAGCUGGCCAACCUGAAGGAGGAGCAUGACAAACUUGAAGAUGUCCAUGCAAAGGUUGAGGCCAAGAAGAAGGAACUUGAGGAGAAGAUGGCGGCUCUUGGUGCAAGAGAGGAAUGA